GCUACUACCACGUGACCCAUACCAAUCCAACGCCAUGGCGGCUGCGUGUUGAGAUGAAUGCAGCGGGGAAAUGUGUGUGUGCGCAGCGUGUAAUCAGGCUGGAAGGUUGCGCGGUGGUUUAGGGCGACACACAGAUGACCGCAGACUGAUGUCAGAGUUCGCAGUUUAGGCCCGAGAUGGAGUGUCAAGGCGGCAAAGGGCAGACGACGCGCGCCGCGAACGCGCCGAGCCAAGAUGGCGAGCCGAGGUCCGACUGCGACGAAGAUCCAGCGGCGGAGCCGAAACUCAGAGGCGCAGCGGAAUCGAAACGCGGCUCCUCCACGGCGUGCAGCAGACCAGCCGAGGAACCGCCGCGGCUCAACUUCCCGAGGAUCCCGAGGAGGAGCAAGGAAAAGAGAGCUCUGUUCCAGUACUUGUCCCCAGAGUCCAGAGAAUUUGCAGAAAUCCUCAACAUAAUCACCUCUAGCUACAAGGAUCCUGCCUCAAAAGCCAACUAUGUGUACUCCAAACCUCGCCUCGUCCACAACGAACUUCUGGAGAAAGAUUUCAUUGAGAAGAGAAAAGAGCUGAAGCAGGAUGGACGCACUGACAAAGAACUGGCCGAGUCCUUUUGUUUUCUGCUUUCUGAUAAGGCCUCUUUCGUUUGUGAAAAAGGUUUAUCAGCCGGCAACAGCUGGAUGAGCCUUCUAGGGCAUUCCACUAAAGGCAUUUAUUUGUGUCAGUUUUCUGACCUGCUACAAAGCAGUCCCUAUGAGCCUGGCUUCACCGGAGAGAUCAUCAUCUUCAAAGUGAUAAAGGGUAAAGUAAAGAGCAUACAUGACAACAUGUUAAGAGGUUUGGAUCCUACACCUAAAUUCGACAGCCAUUUCUCUAAGAACGCCAACAGAGUGACGACCCUUACGUCUUACAAGGCAUUUGAGUAUACGCAGCAAUAUUUCUACGAGUAUGUGGAUAUUGAGCCUGCAUCCAGACCAAGGCACGUGUGUCCAUAUGCCGUGGUUUCUUUUCAGUUCAAAGCCAAGGAGGCUAUAACAUCGGGUCCUAAAGCCUCGCCUCUGCAGAGGUCCAACAGCCUGCCGUCAGGAACGACUAGAGAGAAGCAUGGCUACACUGUCUGGAAAGGCCACUUUGUGAACACAGGGAAGGAUUUAUAUCCAGCAAGUCUUCAUUCCAUUUCUCAACCUUUUCUACCUUUUAAAAUACCAGACAAGCUGGAGAUGGGUAAAGUCAUGAGACUAGACCAAGUAAAAGACUUAUUUCCAGCUCAACUUUUCUCCUGGGAUCUUUACUCUGGCUGUCAUGAAGUGUUCAAGAGUGGAAUGUACUGCAGCCUGUUUGAGGUUGUAGGAGAGAAAAACAAAUCAGAAGAGGGCCUGGCUGAGCUGUUCCAGGAACUGGAACAAAAGGGAUUGGUGUUGAUGAAUAUGUUGAAAGAGAGAGGUUUUCUCAUCUUUCUGUCUUCAAGCCAAAUGUCCAACUCGAACGAACGCAGAGCAGGCUGGAAAGCGUCCUCUCAAGCUCUUUUCAUCUAUCCUUAUGCACGGGACGUGUCAAAAUUCUCACCGGAAACGCGUGCCGCCUGCACACCUUUGAUCCCGUUGCCCCAGGAACCUGAAAUGCCACACUUGAACAGCUUCAUCCCAGCGUACCAUUACGCUCUCAGCAAAGUGCGCUGUAACCCGCCACCUAAUCUGAGUGCCGGAGUGGAGCAGCAGGCCCGCGAAUACCUCAGCAGCCUUUACGAAUCCAAACCUAUCCAACGAAUCCGACUUAACUACGACGUCAAACUGGACGACAGAGAGAAGCUCUUUCCUGCUCCCAAACAGAGAUUCAACCUUGAAGGCUAUAUCCGUUCCUACUUCUACAACCCCAGUCUGUACACGAUGCCUGUUGAAAAAGCCAAAAAUUUGGUGGAAAAGUUCAGGUGUGUUUCAGCGUCUAGGACCGACCCGGAGACCGCGGACUCUGCCGAGGCUUUUAGUGACCCAGAGGGAAUGAACGGGCUUUUAAACUUUGUUCAGAUGAAUAAAAUAAAGGAAGCCAAACCGAAAGAGGUAGCAUCGGAUACACAAGGUUUAAAGAGGAAGUCGGAGGAAGAAGAGCGAACGUUACGGCAAAGUGUUCGAGGAUGGCCACGCCCAGUAAUGGAGAAGCUGAAGAAGGUCAGGACUAAAUAUCAUUGCUCCGAGACGUCCUGCCAGUCUCUGGCUGAUGUGCUGACCAGCAUUGGUGUUCAAGACACAGACCUCAGGAAGGACAAGAAUCAGGAGGCACUGAAGGUUGUAGAGUUACUAGACAAGCUCAGCAAAACCACUCAGGAUACAGACUUGAGGAAGGACAAUGCUCAGGUGGUGCUGGUCAGUAAGAUGCUGGACAGCCUAACGAAAAAGUUAUGCAGUUUUGACGAAGAACUGCAAACGAGCAGUGAAGACCCUGAGAAGAACCUACAGGACAGCAUGACCAGCCUGGGCCUUCUGACCAACUGCGACACUGACUUACGGAAUCGAUUCCCAGAUGACGACGAUCAAGAAGCACAAGGAAAAAAUCUUGAGGAAGAAACUGCUGGAAGCUUGAGCAGCCUGGAGGCUUUCAGUCCAUGCUCCGAUAGCAACGGACAACAACGCACUGACAACAUCCCGGGAGAGAGAUCGAUUCCCUGGGUGCUUAUUCCCAUCACAGGUCUGAAGACUGAAAGACACAGCCAUCGAAGGGACCGAAAUCUCGAGGAUCCCCGUUUCAUCCAAAGCCCCACAGUGUCGACUCUGACCAGCCCGAAGAAACAAGACGUCACGCCUCCUGAUCAGCCUGACAGCAGUAACAUGGCAGCUGAACCCGACCUCAACUCGGUGGCGGAUCAGGACACGGGGGAUUCUGACGUGCCGAAAGAUUCAGAUAUUCGGGAGCAGAAAGGGUCCUCGUUCAGCGACGUCGACGGAAUCGUCGGCGAGCAAAUCUCCGGGUUCUCCGCCGAGAUCGAGGGUCUUUUGCGAGAAGAGCGCGUCUACUACGUUUCAUAUUCUAGCUCUCAAACGCAGAGAAACCCAACGCAGUCGGUCAUGGCACCUUUCUCCGAGUACGUCUCGCAUUUUAACACGCCGUUCCCCACGCACAACUACGUUAACUCGUUCAGAGAAAGCGUCAGUGCUUUCUUAGAUCAGACGAAUAGACGGGAUAGCACGGCACUCUUUCCUCCUUCAGAUCCCAAAGUUUUUUUCGACUCGUUCUCUCCGAGCAUCAACGCACAGAGUCACUCUCCCAUUGCCGCUGCAGUAAAACCCAGCUCUGAUGAGGAGCACCUCCAACCUUUGCAGGAUGCGCAAUUAAUAAAUGGGUCACUGCAGGCAGAACAGGGGUCCGUGAUGCGCGAAACGCUCGAAUCCCCUCUCGACGAGGCUUCACGCGUUAGCAACCAGGCGUUCUGUGACUCAGAAGAAAAUACGGCUAACUGUAGAGCAUCCAACACCGAUUCAUCCUUAGAAGCGGCUCCGGCUGCCAUCAGCAACGUGAUUAAUCAGCUUCAACCCGAAGUGUUUAACAACCUUAUGAAGAUCGUGAGGGGUGUGCAAAAGAACGUGGUUCACUUCUACAUCCAUUGUGUGGACGAGGAGAGCGAUGUGUGCUGGGAAAUAAAGGACUAUUUAACGAGACUCGGCAAUCCGGAGUGCGAUCCACAAACCUUUCUUGAGAAAAAGGACAAUCAAGACAAACUCCUUAUAGUCAUCCAAAACAUAGACAUUGCCGCUCACAUCCACAAGAUUCCUGCGUUAGUGUCUCUCAAGAAGCUGCGAUCAGUAAGCUUCGCCGGAGUGGACAAUCUUGACGACAUCAAGAAUCACACCUACAACGAACUGUUUGUUUCUGGCGGCUUCAUCGUCUCGGACGAAUUCGUCCUUAAUCCUGACGUCAUCACGCUGGAGAGACUUCAGACACUUCUUCAGUAUCUCGAGGAGCUUAAUACACCUGAGAGUCCGUGGAGAUGGUGGGUUCAUUGUAAAACUCACAAAAUGGUCAAAGAGCAAAGCAGGUGUAAAAGUGAAGCCUUGAACGUUCUGAACCUCCUCACCACCUACCACAAAAAACAAAUAGUCGAGUUUCUGUCAUAUCACGAGUGCGAUGCGCCGUCGCACCAAGCGCCUGACCUGGACUGUCUGGUGAAGCUUCAGGCUCAGAACAUCAGACAGCGUCACGUAAUAUAUCUCACAGAACGCCGCUUUGAGAUGUUUCCAAGUUAUUCUAACAGCGGCAUCGUUAUAGCAAACAUCGAUGACAUCCUGUAUAGCAUGGCCAGUCUUAUCGGUGAAGCAGGUGACAAACCAGCAUCCUCAGAUCUGCUUUCCAGCCCCACAUCCCCACUGUUGAGAGAAGAUGACAUGGCUCUCAGCUCUGAAAUCCACACGACGCGAGUGAGGACAUCUGCCCAUGCUGAAACACGUCUGUCCCCUAUCUGUACAGACCUACAUCCUGGUCCUCUUGCUGACACGGGUGCUGAUGUAUUUGACCGUACAGUAAGAGACAAAGCACCUUGUCCCUCACCUACCUCUGGGAUAACACCAAAUCAUAAAUUAGAUUAUGAAGCUCUGAGAGAUGUCAUUUCCCAUUUCAAAAAUGCCCGCAUGCAAGCAAGUUCCUGUGCAGGCCAGAAAGGACCAGGCUCUACCAAUAUCCAGCAAAGCUUUCUGGGAAAGAGCGACAGGCUUCUAUCUGUUCCUAGGGGCUUUACGGUUGAUCGCUCAAGUCGGUCCGCUUCUCCGUUUCAAGCUGCUGUUGCUUCGCAGGCUUUGAGUCCACUGGAGGAAGUCAGGCGAAGAGAGCAAACUCGUGCAGAAACUACGUCUGCCUCAGAACAGGUCGUUGUGUCUCGGACUCAAGAUCAGGUCGGCUCUGGAAAACAAGCUGGCAUGACUGUGCCAGCUUUGGUCAUGGUAGAGACCAACAGUAAUGUAUCUAGGGACAAAGAAUCUACCCGGAAUCACACACCUGACUCAGAUGUCACUGAUGAAUCCCUAAAAAAAACGAGUAGUGAGAGUGGCUCAAAUCAGGAGAAGGAGGCGUCAGAUCAGGAAGAUACAAAAAGUCCGAUCCCAACCACGAGCUCAUCUAGUGUAAAGUCGCGGGGCAAAACGGGGACGGGCAGAAACCGUGGUGGCAGCAUCGGUAAACGUCCAGUGUCUGGGCAGUCGCCUUACGGCAUGAAUACUUUAGUCACAAUGGACCGGAUGCUGCAGGAUGCCAGUUUGUGGCCUGCUUCUCAAACUUCUCAGAACAGUCCUAUGGGACUCAGAUCCCAGGUAAUGAGCAGUUCAGGGCCCAACACAUUAAGACAUUCAGGUCUAAGGAGCCUUUUACCAAGCAGCAAUAUGGCCUUCAACAAUUUUACUCAAGGAACAGCGACAAGUAUGUGGGGAAUUCAGCACGGUGUUGGACUAGGACAAGUUCACCGGACGCAGUUUAUCCAGAGCUACCCUUGGCCUGGGAAUCCUGCAUUCCAAGGCAAUGGACAUCCUCCUCCUAGAGGGGGGUAUGGUGGCUGGUGAGAGAGAUCUGCCUGUAAAUAGUUACAUUUACAACUUUUUUUUUUUUUUUAACAUUCUAACUGGAAAAGUAAAAAAAAAAACAUUCACUACUGAAUGUGCAUUGUAUAAUUUCACAUUUUGUACAGACUGCUAUAUUUGUAUUUAAACUUUUUGUUGAAUUGUCUGGUUUAUGUUUUUUUUUUGGAAAACACUACAGGCAAUUAUGGCCUUGCUUUUAAUGUUGACCUUUUUUUAAAACUAAAAGAAAGUGCAUUAAAGCAAUUGUAGCAGUUUAUUGUUCUUUAAUAACAAUUGUUGGCUCUUAAA